UCAUUAUUGUCAAAAGAAAUCGUGCAAGUUGUUUACCUUUUUGAUCCUACGAAAUAAAACAAAAUAAUGAAUUUUGAUUAGUUUAAUAGUACCUAUUACUAUUUGAAUCGUAAAGUUUUACUCAGUAAACAAUGACAAUUUUGCGAACUAUUGGGAAAACCUGUGGAUUCCUCGGCUAUGCCUUCCAAUAUGCGUGUAUUACACACUGCACUUUUGAAUAUGUCGGUGAUUUUGUAAUGUGCUCUGGACCAUCAAUGGAGCCGACUCUUGAAACAAAUAACAUCCUAGUGACAGAACACAUCACACCACGUCUGCAGAUGCUUCGCCGUGGAGACAUAGUUAUAGCAAGGUGUCCAACCAAUCCCAAACAAAAUAUAUGUAAAAGGGUAACAGCCCUUCCCGGUGACAAAGUAAAGAAAAACUUUCCGAGAAAGAGUCAAUAUGUACCAGUUGGUCAUGUGUGGUUAGAAGGGGAUAACUCUAGUAAUUCUGCUGACUCUCGGGUUUACGGCCCAGUUCCAUAUGGGCUAGUUAGGAGUAGAGUACUCUGCCGUGUUUGGCCUUUAGAUAAGGUGGCUUCAUUGACAGAAUAGCUAAAUCUGAAUUUUACAGUGUUUAAAAUACUGUUCAGUAGAUCCCUCAACACAGUUGAUAGUUUUUAUAAACUCAAUAAUAUAUCAAACAGUUGUCAUUAUAUUAUGAUGAAUAUGAAGUAAGAUUAUGUUUCAAUUUUAUUUAUAGUUGGAAACAAAAUUCAACUUUCCUGUUAUGGAUGUUUUAUAGUGGAGUUUCCUAUUCAAUGUAUUUCACUGGUAUGUUAUACCUCCUAGCAUCUCCUCUCAUUAAAUAUUUGUUUUGACAUGAAAUGUCCUUAUUUUAGUAGAAAAUAAACUAGUUUUAUAUUUAUUAAUAUACUUUAUUGUUAUACAAUAAAACAUCAAGAGCUA